AUGGAGUCUCAGAUCCGCCAGAACUAUCACCACGAUUGCGAAGCUGCUAUCAACCGGAUGAUCAACUUGGAGAUGUUUGCCUCCUACACCUACACUUCAAUGGGUUUCUAUUUCUCCCGUGACGAUGUGGCUCUGCCUGGUUUCACGCAUUUCUUCAAGGAGAACAGCGACGAGGAGCGGGAGCACGCCGACAAGCUACUCUCCUUCCAGAACAAGCGAGGUGGACGCAUUUUACUCCAGGACAUCAAGAAGCCAGAACGUGAUGAGUGGGGCAAUGGGCUGGAGGCAAUGCAGUGUGCUCUGCAGCUGGAGAAGAAUGUGAACCAGGCCCUGCUGGACCUGCACAAGAUUGCCUCUGACAAGGUUGACCCCCAUCUGUGUGACUUCCUGGAGACCCAUUACCUGAAUGAGCAGGUGGAGGCCAUUAAGAAGCUGGGAGACCACAUCACCAACCUCAUCAAGAUGGAUGCUGUCAAAAACAAGAUGGCAGAGUUCCUGUUUGACAAGCACACCCUGGGAGGCCAGAGCUAAACUACUUUCAUCCCCAGGCUAUGGCCUCCAGCCUCAGAGCAGGACUCCUGGCUACUCUGAUAGAUCCUCCUGGCUUUGCAUUUAUAGGGAGGGGAGAGUGUGGAACUGGUGUAUUGAGAUGUUUCUGUUGACAACACUACUUGUAUUUGAGGCAAGGCUUCUUGUAAAACAAUUUAAAAAAUAUCACUAAAGGUUGUUGCUGUUUUCUAAGUGUUGACCUGUAGUAAUGGAUGUUGUAUCAGUCUAUUCAGGUUCUUUGCUCUGUCUUACUGAGCAUCUUCAUACCAGUGACAAUUGUAGACCUACUAGUGGCUGAGGGUCAUAACAAUAGGUGAAGUUUAGCAUGAGUUUUAGAAAGGAUGUUACCUCUGACCACAGAGGGUGUCAUAUACUGUAUCUUGUAAUAGUGCCAUGUCAAUUACGGGACCAACUGUCAACUCAAGCUCCAUAGGAUUGAAAUGGGUAACUACAGUUGUGGACCUUUACUCUGCAUCACAAGUUUAUUAGACAGCCUAGAGGUCAAUCAAACCUGUUAACCAGCUGUGAUGAAGCUCGGCUUUAACUGACACCUAAUAAAUAUGUACUCAUUUUG